UCGUAUAGAUCAUCUCUAAUAAUCGUGUAACAUAUUGUAUAAAUUUUAUAUUUUAUGCUGUAAAAUAUUAUCGAGAAAAAACCAUAAAAGUAAAUAACUUGAACACUAACAAGAAUAGCACAAAACGUGUUUACAGAGUACCUCGCUUCGCGUUAUCAUCGCCGAACGUGUCGGUUUUAAUUUCUGUUUAGCUUACGGGAAACCUUUAUGUUCAGUACUAGUAUAAUCAGCCAUUUAAUUACAAUUCACACAAAACGAUGGAUGUCGAUUUGCAUUAGCCCGUACAAACCAAACUGCGCGAGAUGGUUCUCGUAAAGACAUUAAAGAAACCAAAUGCGCGUAUGUUUAUACUUCUAGUUCUAUUAAGCAUAAUCUUCGUAUAUUUUUAUAAUAACGACAUGCAUAAAGAACAAUCUUUGAUGCGGAAUUUGGAUAGUAAACCAUUGUACAAAAACUCCAUGGAGACUUCGAGGGAGUUGAAGGAACACAAGCAAAUUAUUGAAAAGUAUUACGAAAAAAGAAAGAAUUGGGAAACAUCUCAUUUGGGGUCUAUAUUAUUUAAGAAUGUAUUACCAAACACAUAUCUGGACAAGGAGAGACAGAAACGGCAAUAUCUCAUUUUAAUAUGGAAACAUUGGAACUGGUUGAGUCAAAGACACGUCAACAACUAUCAUCGCAGUACGAGGAGCCCGAGGGAGGUCCUGGACUACUGCAGCGUCAAAAACUGCAUAUUUUCCGGUCAUGAUGAAGACUUUCAGGAAGCUGAUGCAGUAGUCAUACACUUGCAGAAGGGUGUGAUUCCUAACGUCACCACACGGAACCCGAAACAGAGAUGGAUAUAUCUUAGCGAUGAAUCUCCACACAACACGUUCUCGUUGUCGAGAUUUGUCAUGACGCUGACGAAAUUAUCAGGAAUGUUUAAUUGGACCAUGACCUAUAGAAGUGACUCCGAUGUCCCGGUGCCGUAUGGGCGGACGAUUCCUCUCGUCCAACCUUUGCUUGUCAAUCUGGAUGACCCUGUGGCCGCGGUCCGCCAGUUAGUGCCGUUCUGGGACAAGAAGCAGUUCACAGUACUGGCUGCGGUCCUGAUAUCCAACUGUGCCGUCAAGAGCAGAAUGAAGCUCAUCAGCAUUCUUGGCAGUUACAUCGACAUUGAAGUUCAUGGCAGAUGCGCUGAAAAUAAGACUAGUUGUCCCGGCCACUUCAGAGCAGACUGCGAGGUGCUUAACAGAUAUAUAUUCUACCUUGCGCUGGAAAACUCCAAAUGCCGCCAGUACUUGACUGAGAAGGUUUUCAAUAACGCGUACCACAAGGGUGCUAUUCCCAUCAUCAUGGGAGCACCUUUAGAGGACUGCCAGAAACUGUUGCCUCCCAACUCUUUCCUACACGUAGACAAUUACAAUUCUCCUGAGGAGUUGGCUUUGCAUAUGCUAGAGAUAGCUGGGAACUACGAGAAUUUGCUUAAAUAUCACAAAUGGAGGAAACAUUUCUCCGUUGUUGGUGAACACGGGUUCUUUAAAACGAAGUCCUAUCAUCUCUGCAGGAUAUGUGAAGCCCUAAAUUAUAACGAUAACAAAGAAAAGGUUUAUAGACAGGAUGACUUGGAACUAUACUUUGAUAAGAAAGUAUUAUGUGAUAGCAAGUAUGCACGCGAAGAUCCUUUUGGAUAA